CUGGGUUCUUUCAUUCUGGAUUCUACAACACGACACGAGCCCGCAUACUCGCUCGCAUACGCAUACAUUUGGGUCUGGUUUGGUCUUGGACUCGGGUCGCAGGUCUUACGUCUUGGUCUUCACGAACGGCGAGCAUUAACUGCAUUACUGGAUCCGAUCCGCAUUCCCGGAAACGACAAAUCACAAAAGCAUUCAGUUUGAAGGAAUCUGAUCAAUCUACAUGUCGCCGCCGUCGAUAGCCGUAUACUUCAAUUGGCAAAUUUCGCAUGCGCAAAGCAUAUCGGCAUUUUUAAACUUCAAGUCGACAGCACAUACGAUAUCGAUCUAACACAAGAGUUUCCUUCUUAAGCGUCGCGGCUCAUUGGAGUCGGCGCGCUAUUAAUCGGCCAUCAUGUUGCGACCUGCCACGCCUCUGGCGAUACUGCUUGCUGCAGCAUUCGCCAUGCUGCUACUCUCAGUCUUGUCCACUCCUAUCAUCAAGGCGAUUCCUCUGGGUACAUACAAGGGCGUCAACUUUGGUGUCUUCGGGUACUGCACCAGUACACGAUGCAGUCCGAUAGAGAUUGGAUAUGAUACAUUGGAACUCUUCUCUCCAGUUGAUUCGGCUACCUUUGACCUACCUGAAGGAACUCGGACGACGCUGUCCGCCAUACUCAUUGUACACCCUGUUGCGUGUCUUCUUACGCUGGUGAUGCUGGUCCUUGCCAUUGUCGCCCACUUUCAUUCCCCUUCGCAUUCGUCACGUUACUUAUUACUACUCUUUAUAUUCGGCAUCAUUACAUUCUUAGUAUGCCUACUCGCCUUCCUAAUUGACGUCUUACUCUUCGUUCCUCACAUGGCCUGGGGCUCUUAUAUUGUCCUGGCUGCUACAGUUCUUGUAUUCCUAAGCUUCAUCGUUUCCUGCGCUAUGCGGCGCACCUUGGUCAGUAGAAAGGCAAGGAAGCGACGGAUCGCAGAGAAUGCUGAGAUGAGUGGGGAGAAUUACUACAAUCGCCAAGCUCAACGAGAUGUGGAAUCUAGCCCGACUGGUCUCCCCCAACCAACUGUCCCGGCUGUGAGCGGAGCAAACGGCCCAGGCGACAAGGCACCCACAUUCACUACCUUUGAAAAGAGAGAUGACCGUAGCAGUGACGAGCGAAUACCCUUAACUGCGAGGACCCCCUCUGAUCGGUCCCCGAAUCAUAUGCCUACUGAUAUGAGCAUGUCAGGCACUACGUUCAAUGGCCCUCAACGACAAAACUCCAAUAUGUCAGUCGCAAGAGAUCAAUAUGGCAACCCCAUGGACCAACAACCGCAGGAUAUGUACAAUAUGCGGCGAGGACCGUCUGUCGAGCGCAUGAAUGGAAGAGGCCGCGGAACGCCCCCGGCUGGUUAUAGGGGACGAGGAGGCUAUGGAAGAGGAGGUUAUGGUGGACCAGGUGGGCCAUAUGGGCCUCCUCCUCCUCCAGGUGGAAGAGGUGGGAGAGGUGGAUACGGUCCACCGCCCAACGGAAGAGGUGGAUAUCCACCACGCGGAGGCUAUGGUCCUGUUGGAAUGAUGAGGGGCGGAAGAACACCUCCACCGAACUAUCCCGGCCGUGGACCAUACGAUCGACGACCGUCUCCGGCUGGUGCUUACGCGGAUUAUGGCCCAGGUCGACAAGUCUCCCCAGCGCCGCAGGGUGGUCCUUAUGGCAUGGAGCCAUCUAUUCCAGCCAUCCCGGCCAAUGCACCAGAACCAGGCAACUUUCAAGCCUAUAACCCUAGCCACGCUAGCGAACUACCCAGAGCAGAGUCCCCUCCUCCGCUACCAGGCGUAGAUGAUGCACAUGCAAAGCCGCCAGGCCAAGCAGUGGAGAUGGAUGCCAGCACGGGAAGCCCUUCUCAUGCACCUGAAGGCUUUGGUCAAUUUAACAACCAGCUCAGGGAUAGUGAUGCGGAUGUAGCAGGCAUGUUAGCUUUGCAGCAGGCAAGAUCUUCGCCACAUCGACAUGAUACAUACAUGAGUGAUGGAAGCAAAUAUAGCCAAGAGGAACAAUAUCUUCCACCUCGACAGGCAUGGAAUCAGGCCCCUGGCCGAUCAUCUCCGGGAAUUCCCUCGCCCCUACACAUUCCGACCCGGCCGCCAGAGCUGAGUAGUGUAACACCGCCACCGCCACCACAACUACAACCACAACCACAGCACCAGUCUCACGCACCGUCCACUAACAUAGAUAUCUACUACGAGGACGUGGACCCUCGCUUUGCAGAGCCAGCUUCUAGGCCGCCGCAACCUCCCCUCGAAGCGCCAGUGGGCUUUGAAGAUAUCCCUCCUCCACCGAGAAGCCCAGCGAUAUCCGAACAAUCAGGCUUUACUUCUAUUUCACAACGGGGUAUAAAUCCUCGCUGGAACCCACCCCCUGGCCAGGGGUAUGGUCCAAUGCCAUCACGGAAGCCAAUCAACCGAAACGAAGUGAACGUUCUUAAUAGUAACCCUGACUUUCAGUUGCCGCCGAACCGUGGAGGACCGAGUGCUGGCAGGGGCAUGAUUCCUGGAAGUGCAUACCCAGUCGUAUAAAGAUUUGCAUUCAUGAUAUCCUAUUCUUCAGGUCGCGCUUUUUUUCUGCACGAACUC